AUGCGGAAGAGCGAAGAAAGGGUGAGCAAGAGAACGCAGAGCUUGAACAUCAAUAGAAGCUACUCCACUGAUGCACAUAUUUAUAGCGUCAGUUUUAUGGACUGCCAAGAAGCUCAGAAUAAUUCGAUUACGCAGAAUAGAUCGCUGAGCGAAUUCAAGAAACGAGAUAAUCCACUGUUGCGAGUCAAAUCCUCCUUCUCGCUCGGCAGAAUGAGCAAAACCCGGACCUCCACAUCGAGUUUUUCUGCAAUGUCCGAUGUAUCACAGCUGAAAAGUAUAAAAGGCUACAUGCGGGUGAAAUUUGGAGAUACGGGCUGGAAACGCCACUAUGCGAUUCUUCACCAGGAUACAAUUAUGCUUUACUCGGAGAAAUACGACGUUAAUCCUGUAAUGGAGACUUCCUUGAUCGGGAAUAUUGUCGCUCCGGGAGAAACUUAUACAAGAAAGAAACAUUCCUUCUGCGUAAAAGGGGCACAUACACAUCUUCUUUUCAGUUGUAAAGAUAAAGAGGAUCUGUUCCGCUGGAUGAACGCGGUCUCCCUCGCGUCAAUAGGCUACGAUGCUGACGAAUGCAAAACUAUUGGAAUAAAAAAAAAUAGAUACAAUUCAUGCUCGAUUCGGAUGAACCGUGGAAGAAAAGUAUUCAAACAAAAUGCGUCAAUUGGAAGUGACGGACAAUCGAUUUCUUCUAAAGAAGACGAUCUCCUGAGCGACAUGUCACUUGUUCAAAUGAAGAUUUCAAGAGAAGAAACCCUCUUCCGGAAGAACGCGCAAAUGCAAAAGUCAAAAAGCACGACAUCGGACAUCAUGAGGCUCGUUGAUGUCGUCGAUAUUACUUCUGGCCUUACUCGCAAACAGACAAUGAAAAGACGCGCAGAAAACCUUUCCUCCGAUCCGAAGCUAAACGAGCUCCUCCACAAAAAGCUCCAGCUUGAAAGAGAGCUUCGUUCAAUGACGACAGACUUGGAGAUAAUCGAAAAACUACUCGAUGUUCCCCCGACAAACGAAAUUAUUGACGAUUUUCUCCAAAAACAUGGAGACAUAAUUCCCAAUUUGAAGGGAGAAACGAGCUCCCUAGAAGAUUCUCUUUCCAGCCCGCAAUCGGAUAUUUCCUCAGCUACUGUAGAUUCGCUUUGGUAA